CGUGAGAUAGAAGAGAGAGAGAGAGAGAGAGGCGUGUGUCGUUGAGGCGGUUUCGCUUAUGUAGGUUCGCGUGGCGUGUGAGCAAAGCUCUUUUCUCUUCUCUUUCUCUGUCGAAUCUCAUCAUUCAACCACAACAACAACAACAAAAAAAAAAAGCACCACAACGAAAAGAAAUUCUCGUAAAUGGAGCGCGAGAAUAGGAAACGAGGAAGAGAAGAAGAAGAAGAAGAAGGAAGGAGAGAUUUCAAGGAAAACACAAAGAAGCUGGAAUUUCUCGGCGGCCUUGAAGACAGCGAGAUUUUCAAGUUCUCGGAUUCGUUUGGGCCGCUUGGAGUCUUCGAAUUCCCCUGGGCGAAGGAGGAAAUUCUCGUCUCGGAAUCGGACGAGUGGAAGUCGCACGACGUUUUCCACUCCUCCCUGAUCGACGGUUGCUCGGUCGAGUUCCCAAUCGAAGGGCCGGGUCAGAUUCCCGCGCCGGUGGUGCUUCCCGCGGAGGAGCCAGAGGUCGGAUCGUGGCCGUCAGAAGAGGAAGAGAUCGAUGGUGCAGAUUGCAUCUGGAGCUGUGUGCUGAGUCAGCCGCUUUCGAUUGAAGCGAGCAAGCUCUCCAACGUAUAAGAAGAGGUAACAUGUUAAAAAAACAAAAUUCCUUUUUUUUUUUUUUUUUUAAAAAUAUUCGUUCGAUUUUGAUUGUUAAAAAGCGUAACGAAAUGACAUUAUUACCCAUCUCAUUCUCAGAAUGUCAGUCCUGUCCCUUCGUUAUCCACGAAUUGGGAUAACGAUGGUUUUGUCA